UCAGUCAUAUGAAGAAGACAAGUCUUGCCUCGUCUUUCGCUGUUGCUGCCUACAUUUUCAUUACCUUUACCUAACUCGCUCACUUGCCCACUUGCAUGUACUGUUCUUUUAUACCGUUUUAUAACUUUGUCCAGUUUAACCUAGAUACCUAACCCUACUUCGCCUGGAGCCUACUCCCCUAAGCCUGAGCCUACAUGUAUCUAAGCCCCACGGCCUUUUCUUGUCCCGUAUCUUAGGUAUAUGCAACUUGGACAUUUCGACUCCAACCUAUCUGGGGCAAUUUGGUUGUCUGAUACCGAUAUCCGCACCUUACAACCUCCCCGGGACCCAUAAUACCGUCUGUUUGCUCGCUUAUAGCCUGCCGCGUGUUCUGCCAUCCUCUUUUGGUUUACCAUUCCGCGACGGUAGACUUGAGGUAUGACGUGAUCUUGCAAAAGGCGUCUUGUUCUACCGCGUAAUGGAACAGCCCGAACCAUCAACACCUACCGAUAUACCGACUGCUGUUCCCCACUCAUCUACCGACACUCCUACCCAUCCCACUGCAGCCGGGUCGAGUCAAGAAAAUAGCCUCGAUCAUACUUCCAACUCUGUACCCUCACUCCGAUUCCCCCGGCCCCUAGGCAACCGGCAGCUUACGAACUGGAUCUCGUCCAGCUCUCCCGACAUUAUGCAGCCAGAAAACUUCCCAGACGAUGACCCCAGCCUGGCCGAGCUGGGCUACGACGUCAUCGGUACCGAUGGCGAGAGCCAGGCCGAGUCUACUGCCAGCUCCCUUGAUUAUCAAAGGACUGACGAUGUCCAGAGCCUGGUUGGUACCGAUACCGGCACCGACGUUGAUGCUAACGAAGUCGAUACCGACUCUUCCGACGACGAAGAGGAGGAGGAGGAGGAGGAGGAGGAGGAGGAGGAGGAAGCUACUACACUAAACGAAACCGCUGUAAUCAGCACAGUUAACGAUACCAUUGUCGAAUACCCCGCUGAGUCCGAUGACGAAGAUGCUGAUGUGGAGACACUCGCGAAUCAAAGCCUCGAGCACCCUACAAACUUCUCCCAGCAUGGCAUCCUAAGCUUACCACGCCGAGCAGAGAUCGACCAAAGCCAGGCCCGGGAAGCCCUUGCGGAAAUGCACAAGUUACCUUCUCAAGACACAGUACUCGGCAAAGAAGAUAGCGCACAUCUGCUUUCUCCUGAACACGAGGAUUCAGAUGAUCAUAUUGCAGAAAGUUAUCGCUCGACACUCAGGUUUAUUCAAGGGAAUUACCGUAUCUUAAUUGCCCUAUCCGGAUUUGCUGUUUUUUACGGCCUGGUCAUCACUGGAAAAUAUUUCCUGUUUAGUCCGCCGACCCCUAAAGUCCUAUCUACGGUCCCGGUAGCCUCGAUCUCUUCCGCGGCCGUUCCCUCUCCCCUUGGAAAUCCCAUAUCUACUUCUAUAUUCACACCAACUUUGACCAAUACUCAAACCCAAAAGGCGUUACAGACUAGUAGUACUUCGCCAAGUGGCCUUGUCUUCAUGUCGUUUGGGAAAGAUAAGGACCAGACUGACGCCACCAAUCGGUCCCAACCACAGACCAUCUGCUCGGCGGAACUAUAUGACCGAAAUGAGAUCCUAGUAAAGAUCCCCCAGGGUGUCAAAUCCGCCUGGCUCUCAAAAGACGCCAUAUUAAUUGCCGUGAGUCGGGGCCUGUACGACAUCCCGACUAAGGUAACCUCUGUAGACGAGGGCUUCUUGAUCCAGGUACCUCUUGAAGAGGCAUACAAUGUUCUGGCCGUAUCUAUUGCUACAACUUCGAAGCCUAAGGUUAAGGAGACCUUUCACGUCGACUUCGGCAGGAACAAGUUUAUAGAUGCUCUUGAUGCUGGAAAGCAGCUGGUCAGGGGCUUCGCGCAGAAAUUUGUCGACACCGUCAACGAGACAACGGCAUGGGUUGAGGAGACUUACAUACCGGCUCUGGAUGUCAUGUCGAAGCAAGUCUGCAGCCAGACAUCGUCCGUCUCCGACACCUUAUUGCAGGGAUUUAAAGAUGUCGCUAACGCCGUCCUCGGUCUCCCUUCCCAUCUUAUCUCGCAGAUUAUUACCCAGAUUAAGCAGUCCUUCGUCGUCGACGAUCUAGCACGACGUCAGCAUCAAGCACAGUUGGAGCUUGUGAAAGGGGCUCAAGACCUCCGCGACGAGCUUACGUUACGCUACCUUUCUGCGCAGCUCAGAUCUAAGCUUUGGUGGCUUCGAGUACGGGGGAAGACGGAUGAAUACCAACGUUAUCUCUCGAAGGCCGAGGUCUACUUAAAAGAGAGGACUAUCGAAGCCAAAGUAGCUAGGCAGGAAAGAGCCGAGUAUGUCAAGAAACAGGUACGGUCACAGCAAAAGAACGAGCAUGAGGAGACGAGAGGUUCUUUCUGGAACAAGCGCACGAGGGCCUCCUAGGGAUGAUCCGCUCGUUCUGGACAUUUUAAUUACAUGGUUGGCGAGAGUGAACUCAAGGACGGCGUUGGGCUUGGGUGAUUUGGUAGUUUUUGCUGGUUAUCUUGUCCUCGGUUAUCUAUCCUGACGCCACUGUAGAACAAAGCGGUGCUU